AUGGACUCCAAAACCUUCGUGUCAGAGCACUACGACUAUCCAGUUCAAGAAGAAGGGCCACCACGCCUGGCCUUGAAAGGCGAAGCAGCUCAGCCCCGCAUCCACUUCGAUCCGAAGAAGCAUUUACGAUUCCAGCUGCCGGAAAAGACAUAUACGCUCGAAGACCUCAAAUACAAUGUCAAGCAAUCCGUGGGCAAAGUGGCCGCGACGGACCCUUUCCCACUGUUCACGCCCGAGGCUGUGAUUGAGAUGCGCCGCGAGCUGCUCAGCGAGCGCACGAUCAAGAAUUGCAUGACCUACACACGCCCAGGCUCCGUUCAAGUCCGAGGCGCCUGCCCGCAGUACGCCUCCUUCGUCUACGAGGCAUGGACGCACCCGGAAACGAUCAUGGCGGUGUCCGCGGUCGUCGGCCUACCAGUCAAGAUCAACAUGGAGCAAGAAAUCGGUCACACCAACAUCCAACUUGGACCCACAGGCUUGGAGGGGCUCAAAAGCUUGACUCCGGAGCCGUUGGUGCCCGAGAACCCCCCGGUGGAUAUUGAAGAGGAAGAUAUCAAGGAAGACAAAGACACUGAUGUGAUCGAAUGGCACAAUGACAUGUACCCGUGGUCCUUGGUCGUUUCGCUUUCUCUGCCACAAGGACAGGGUGGAGAGACUGCUUGUCUGUGUGGAGACGGAUCGAUCAUCAAGGCUCCUAAACCCGAUGUCGGUUACGGUGUUCUUCUUCAUGGAAGCGUUGUUCUGCACAAAGCCGUCCGGGCCGUUGGUGCUGAAGAGCGUAUCACCAUGGUCUGCUCGUGGUGGCCGGCAGACCCUCUACAGCAUGAUAACUCCAAAAUCGCCAAUACACGGGACGUCUCGUUCAAGCCGGAGAUGUAUUAUCAGUGGGCCACGUAUCGCUUGGAAACGCUGGCUGCCAGAUGUGCCGCGAAGGCAAAACAAUACCGUGAACAUCAUGAGAAGAAGGAGAAUUACUCUGACGCCGUGGUUGAUCCUCAGGAGUUUGCUGAGUGGGCAAAGGAGCAGAUAGCUUACUUCGAGAGGACUUAUGACCAUAUGAAAUAG